AUGAAAAUAUAUACUACAACAGCAGUUCUGGCUAAUCCUUGGUGGACAAUUCAAGGAGGGUUAUCUGGUGUUGACCCAGGAACCCAUUCACCUACCGGUUAUAACAAACAUCACAACACAAACCUUACGAUUAACGAGAAUCGUGAUGAAGAAGAAGAAGACGAUGAUGACAACAGAGAUGAACCGAGAGAAGGCGCGGUUGAAGUUGGAAACCGGAGACCAAGAGGAAGACCACCUGGAUCUAAAAAUAGACCUAAACCUCCUAUCUUUGUAACAAGAGAUAGUCCAAAUGCUUUGAAGAGCCAUGUGAUGGAGGUAGCUGGGGGAGCCGACAUAGCAGAAAGUGUAGCGCAGUUUGCAAGGAGGCGUCAACGCGGUGUUUGUGUUCUCAGUGGAAGUGGCUCUGUGGCUAAUGUUACUCUUAGACAACCUUCAGCUCCUGGUGCUGUUGUAGCACUGCAUGGUAGGUUUGAGAUCUUGUCCUUAACGGGAACGUUUCUACCUGGUCCUGCUCCACCAGGUUCAACUGGUUUAACAGUGUACCUGGCCGGAGGUCAGGGUCAGGUAGUUGGAGGUUGUGUUGUUGGAGCUCUUGUUGCAGUUGGGCCUGUUAUGCUUAUUUCCGCUACUUUUACUAACGCGACUUAUGAAAGACUUCCACUCGAAGAUUCUGAUAAUGAUAAUGAAAAUAACAAUGAAGGGCCUAGUUCUGCGGCCGCCAUGCAAGGAGCAGGGUUAGGUGGAUCUCCUCCAUCGGGAAUUGCUCAUCAGUUACAAGGUGGGAUUCCAGAUCCAUCUUCUAUGCCUUCGUAUAAUUUGCCACCAAAUUUGUUGCCUAAUAAUGGAGGGCAGAUGGGACAUGAGGCCCUUGCUUGGGCUGCUGCUCAUGGAAGGCCACCUUAUUAA